AUGCUCCGGGGUGCUCCAGGACUAGGACUCCGGGGCCUCAAGGGGGCCGAGGCCUCUGCAGGAGAUUUAGGGGGCUCUUGCUCGGAGGCUGGGGGGGAUUUGGGGGUGCUAAGGGAGAACAGCGCUCCCCGUGGCGUGAACGAGGUGGAGGAAGCUGCGGGCAGGAGGUGCAGCCGGCCGGUGCGGUCCAAGGCGAGGCGCAUGGCGGCCAAUGUGCGGGAACGCAAGCGCAUCCUGGAUUACAACGAGGCCUUCAACGCACUGCGGCGCGCGCUGCGACACGACCUAGGCGGCAAGAGGCUCUCCAAGAUCGCCACGCUGCGCCGGGCUAUCCACCGCAUCGCCGCACUCUCCCUCGUCCUGCGGGCCAGCCCCGCGCCCCGGGGGCCCUGCGGCCACCUGGAGUGCCGCAGUCAGGCAGCGACCCCCAAGGACUCGGGACCCCCGCGGCCCUGGCAGGGCUCCACCAGGCUCAGCUUUGCGCCCCCUGCGCCGCGUUGUGCCUUGUGCGCCCCGCACGCGCUCCUGGGCCGGCCCCAGGUGGAAGCCGAGGCACCCAGCUUGGGCCAGGCCUCUGGGGGAAGCUGGCGCCGAUGCCCGGGGGGUUCCCCUGCAGGAUCGAUUCCCUGGCCGCCGCCGCGGGGUUAUCUACGAACGAGCCCCGGGCUGAGCUACCAGCACUCUUGA